AUGGACCCACUACGCCAUGUCUCCUCUCCUCCUCCCUCCACAAGCAAAGCCUUUUCCUCUCUCUCUCUCCGAUCCCCAACGCCUUUCUCUCAUCCACUUCAUGCGCGUGCAUCCCGUUUCUCCCGUAAUCAGAGUCAGCAGCAGCUGGCCACAGACGAGGAGUUCGGUGCGGUGGUGAGGGGCCGGUUUGGCAUUCGGCUGGGGGCAGAUGAUGUGAGGGCCAUGCCUCCUGUGCCCAGGGAGCCGCCACUUGGCGACGUGUGCUUGGGGGGCCACUCGUGGGAAGGGGGGGAGUGGGGUGGAGUGAGGGGGAGUUUGGGGGGAGAGGAGGAGGGGGACGUUAACGGGAGGUUUCAGGAGGGGGAGCAAGUUGAGCGUGUGGCGGUGCUGACGGGGGCGGGUGUGUCUGCAGCAUCAGGCGUGCCCACCUUCAGAGGGGUGGGUGGGCUCUGGCGCACCUAUGAUGCCACGGUGGGUGCCAUGCCACGCAUGCCCGCGCACCUCUCGCCCUCGCCCUUCUCAUCCCUGCGCCCACAGGAGCUGGCAACCCCACAGGCGUUUGCAGCGGACCCAUCGCUGGUGUGGGAGUUCUACCACUACCGCAGGUGCCUCCCUCUACCACUACCGCAGGUGCCUCCCUCUACCACUACCGCAGGUGCCUCCCUCUACCACUACCGCAGGUGCCUCCCUCUACCACUACCGCAGGUGCCUCCCUCUACCACUACCGCAGGUGCCUCCCUCUACCACUACCGCAGGUGCCUCCCUCUACCACUACCGCAGGUGCCUCCCUCUACCACUACCGCAGGUGCCUCCCUCUACCACUACCGCAGGUGCCUCCCUCUACCACUACCGCAGGUGCCUCCCUCUACCACUACCGCAGGUGCCUCCCUCUACCACUACCGCAGGAGUGUGGUGGCACGGUGCACACCCAAUGCAGGCCACGAGGCGCUGGUGCAGCUGGAGCAGCGCUGCCAGCAGCAGGGCAAAGCAUUCACGCUCCUCACUCAGGUGCC